UUGCUUUACUUGGACCUUAAUUCUGUGUGUUUGUGUUGCAGCGCCUGGAAAACCACCAUUGGAAGUUCUGAAAUGCUCUGGUUUCUGAAAGUCCUGGGCGCGCUCAGCCUACUGACAGGUUUUGGAGUUCAAGGUCAAACGCUAACCGAGAAAGCAGUGGUGGACAUUACUGCCUGCCCCUUCACCUACUUCGGGCAGCAAUACAACAAUCUACACAUGUUCCUCCAAACGACAGAGUUUUCCAUUUGCUUCAAGGGAAUUUACAAUGAUGUGGCAAAUAAUGACUGCAUCCUACUGACGGAGAUGACCGUUCCGGGAGGAAGCUACACGGUCCAGACCGCUCAGUUGCCCUCUCAAUGUGCCAACACAAUCUUCAUCAAUAACAACAAUGGUGUUACUGUUCUAGGAAUAACACUCAGCACAACUGGCUCCAAAUCUAGUGUGGGAAUAAGCUCGGACACCGGCUUUACCGACGAUCUACUGAUUGUGAGCAGUCUGAUCAAUGAUAUGAAACUCGUCGAAUUUACAUUCCUCUCGGUGGACUUGAUUGAUGGGGCCACUGCUGAUUUUAGUGGAUGUCGCUUCUCAGAUAUUGUGCUUCCAGGCAGCUUUACGCUUUGGGAUCCAAGAAUCUGUUCCAAUCUCGUAUGCGACAAAGAUGCUAUACCUCACAUCGAGAGCACUUGUGGACCGUUGGGCCAAUGUGACGGACUUGGACGCUGCUUAGUCAACGUCACCUGCACCAUCGCAGCCUCCACCGUCAUCGAUUACUAUGGCGGGGUCCACGCCGCCCCUGAUCGCUGCGCAUACUCGCUGUUCAGCUCCUACUGGUUCCCAGGCUUUCAAGUUCUGGGGGUCUUCCGGGAGCGGAGACGUUUGGAUGUGAGCUUGCUGGAUCACGUGAUCCUGCAGUUGAGCCACAAAGGUCCUCUGAUCACUCUGGAGCAAGGAGGGAGAGUUCUGCUGAAUGACACUGAGCUGACGGUCAACAGCACCUCUCUCGGUGUCUAUGGGGUGGAGCUGUACAAGGAUGAGACAGGAGUGACAGCAUCAGUGACAAUGUAUGUACAUAACAUCACCGUUUUCUUCGAUGGCAACACUGCACAGAUCUUCCUUGAAGGAUUUGAACCAGCGAUUGGUUUAUGUUCAGAUGGGAAUUUUACCUUGGACUUCAACCCUCAAUUCAGUGAGGCUGGAUGUGAGGUGCAACACGAGGAGCUGGACGACAAAACCAUCGACUGUGAGGGCGCAGCAGACUGGUGUAACCUCCUGCUAGAAGCUCCGUUCACUUCCUGCCACGACCUGGUCGACCCACAGCCCUUCAUCUCUGCCUGCAACAUGACGCUGUGCUCCUAUCCGUCUGUGGACGACAUCAAGUGCCAGUUCAUGGAGGCCUACACCCGAGUCUGCGAGCAGCAAGGCGACAUUGUAGAGGACAGCUGGAGGCUCGACACCGUCUGUCCUACUGUUCCUGAAGCCUUCUGUCAGGAUCUACACUGCAGCCAUCACGAGUUCUGUGGCGAGAGGUUCGUGGACGGUGGGAAGUUCUGUCUCUGCCGAGCCUUGUUUUCAUCAAAGUACAGCUUGGAGCAAACGUUUGGAGAACCAACACAGUGUGAGCACAACACUGCUCAAGUGACUCUGGCUCGUUGUCUCCUGGAUGGGAAAAACAUCGACUUCCACAUGUUGCACCUCAACGAUGAAACCUGUCGGGGAGUCUUAGACAACCAGACCCACAUGGUGACGUUUGGCUUCGACAGCAGCAACACUUGUGGGACCGUUAUCACGAUGAAAGACAAUCAAGUCAUCUACAAGAAUUCCAUCAUGACGCGGAACAUGUCCCAAUCCGAAACAAUUUUCCGCCACAACAACUUGGACGUGGACCUCUCCUGUUUCCUCACUCAGCCCAGCAUCCAGACCCUGACCUUCAAUGUCAAGGACUGGUCUGUCGCCCGCAGCCCGGAGUACUACCUGUUUUCGGCUGGAGAGUGGGAGUACUCCCUGUCGGUCAUGCUGUUCACCGACCCUGAGAGGAAGCACAUGUACAAGAGUAAUGCAGGGAUCGAGCUGAAUCAGAGACUGUGGGUGGAGCUGAAGAGCAGCGGCCUGGAUGACAAACUGACCUCAGUGGUGACCAAGGACUGCUGGGCAACAGAUCAGCCGGCGUCGAAUGCCAGUCUCAGAUAUGACAUCAUCAUCAAUGGCUGCCCAAAUCCAGACGACCCAACAGUGCAGAUAACUGGAAAUGGUUUGGGAACAUCCAACUACUUCUCCUUCCCAGCGUUCCAGUUUGUUGGCGGGACCCUGGAUAUUUUCUUGCACUGCUUGGUCGACCUGUGUGACAAGGCCAGCGGCGACUGUGCCCCGAGUUGUGACCAAAAGAGCAGGGUGACCAGAUCAGUCAAGUCGUACUACAAUGAGCCCAACUUGAUCACCAUGACUUUCAUCCAUUAG